GUAAAAAAAAGGGGGAUAAGGGGACUAACGGACGUUUCUCCGUAAUAGGAGAAGAGCUACCCUGCAAAAGCCCCUGAGUGCGGGGAAUCCCUGAUAACUUUUCCUGAUAUUCAACACCAUUUUCGCUAGGACAGGACCCCGCUCUGGUUAGUAGCUCUCUCAUCUCUCAUCUAUACCUUAUACCUAGUAGUUAAUCAAACACGUAUUUACGAAUAUAUAUAUAUAUUAAUCAAACCCGAGGAGUGCAACUCCAAGGUCAAUGGCGCCGAGUAAGCCUUUCACGUACUGCGAGGGCGCGCCGUCAUGGAAUCCGACGACAUAUGUAGCUGACGCGGCGCUACACGAACGCGCCGAAGCCUUCCUCGCUAGCGACGAUUUCCAGUCCGCCGUCGUAGCCUCCUUUGCGCUACCGCAUCCCCGCCGCGAUUCCUACGUCUACCACGCCAUUGUUAGCGUUACCUUGGCCGAAGUCCAACAUAUCGUCUCGCUUGGACGUCAGAAUGCCUUCCACGCCUGGUACUUCGAGCCUGCACCCACGCCCUCUACCGAAGACGACGACGACGACGCAAAGCCCGAGCAAACCCCAUCCUCAAAAAAACUAAGAGCUCUCCCACCGCCUCCACGCCCCGACAUCGACGCCUACCUCUCCAUCUUCGACCCCAGCACCUCGACCCCCUCCGCGCUCAAGACCUUCCUCUCCAACGCCAAGAAGGGCAGCCUACGCGCCGAAAUAGCCAGCUACCUCCAGUCGAAGCGAUACCUACACCCAGCGCUCGCGUCGCAACUCACCAUCCCCAAGCAACAGAACAAGAGCAACAAGAAUAAAAAAACCAGUACCACCAGCAACGUCCCGCCGAACCCCUACCUAACGUUCCUGAACUGGAGCUGCCGCAACCUCGAAUGGGCCGGCCCCAGCGUCUCCUCGACCCUAGCAGGCAACCGCUCGCACCACGUACUGCCCGUACUAAUGCACCACUUCGGCUGCGCCUGUCCCAGCCACGAAGCGCUCUCGAUCCUGCGCGUGCUCGCCGCGGGGCGCGAGGUGCUCGACCUGGGGUCCGGCGGGGGAUACUGGAGCUUCAUGCUGCGACAAUACGGGGUCCGCGCGGUGCCCGUAGACAGCGCCCAGAGCGCGUGGCGCGUGAACUGGGUAUCCGACACGACCGUCGCCGACGGUGCCGAGUGGUUGCGCAAGCGACGACGCAGCAACAGCAACAACAACAAAAAAUCCUCGGCUGGAAGUAGCAAACCCGAAACCGAUAUAGAUCCCGACGAAGCGGUCCUCCUUCUCGUAUACCCCAUCGUCGGGGGCACUAUUGCCGGCGGUGAAGAGGGCGGUUUCACGCGGCUCAUGAUGGACGCGUAUUCCGGAGACACGCUAGCCGUGGUCGGGACGCAGAAUCAUAACGGAUACACGGGAUUCCGGAACCUGAGCAUGGACGAGUAUAUGGAACGGGAGCGUGCGGGCGAGGGUUGGGUCAAGGUUGUUCAGAUCGCGCUACCGAGCUUCCCGGGCAAAGACGAGGCCCUGUUCGUCUUCCAACGUGGCGCUAGGGCUCCAACUAGUACCGGCGAUACCAAUAUAGCUAGCCAGAUAGAUAAUAGCAGUGAUAGUAAUGUGAAGAAAGAUGGCACAUGAUUACGAAA